AUGGGGAAGUCUCGCAUGGCACCAUUGAAGCAGACCACCAUUCCACGUAUGGAGUUGACUGCUGCAGUUGUUGCUGUUAAAACCGACAAGAUGCUGAAAGAUGAACUGGAACUGGAGUUGCAUGAAUCUGUAUUUUGGACUGAGAGCACCACUGUUUUGAGAUAUAUUGACAAUGAAAAUCUUAGUUUCAAAACAUUUGUCGCUAACAGAAUUGCCAUUAUACAAGAGUCAACCAGACCACAACAGUGGUGGUACGUUAAUACCUCAAUGAACCCGGCUGAUUGUGCAUCCAGAGGACUUACUUGUGAAAAGUUCAUGAAAAAUGUGAGCUGGAUCCAUGGUCCUUCUUUUCUCAAAGAACCAGAAAGCAAGUGGCCUAAGACAAAUCAUGACCUGUCAAUAAACGUGGAUGACAGUGAGGUUAAACACUCAGCCUCAGUAAAUCUUUUGUGUGCAGUGGAUGGCACAGAUGCUGUGAACAAAUUGAUCAAUUAUUACUCGGAUUGGUUCAAAUUAAAGAGAGCCGUGGCAUGGAUCUUUCGUUUUAAAGACAUGAUUAUACAGCGCAGCAAUCAAGUAACAGCCAAAAACAGAAUGGUUCAGAGUUGUGACACAAAUUUCACAGCACAAAACUGCAAAGCUCUAACAAUGUAGGACUUA